GCGAGCCGAGCCCACCCGAGCGACGGGCGGCCGAGCAGACCCGGGAGCCGCGGCCCGACCUUCUCCCGCGAGGAACCUCGCAAGAUCGCGCAAUGAAUGGUGAUACUCGGGCUGCCGUGGUGACCUCACCACCCCCGACCACGGCGCCUCACAAAGAGAGAUACUUCGACAGGGUGGAUGAGAACAAUCCAGAAUACUUGCGAGAGAGGAACAUGGCACCAGACCUUCGCCAGGACUUCAAUAUGAUGGAGCAAAAAAAGAGAGUGUCCAUGAUUCUGCAGAGCCCCGCUUUCUGUGAAGAAUUGGAAUCCAUGAUCCAGGAGCAGUUUAAGAAGGGGAAGAACCCCACAGGCCUGUUGGCACUGCAGCAGAUUGCGGAUUUUAUGACCACGAACGUCCCGAAUGUCUACCCAGCAGCUCCGCAGGGAGGGAUGGCCGCCUUGAACAUGAGCCUUGGCAUGGUGACGCCUGUGAACGACCUGAGAGGGUCCGACUCCAUCGCCUACGACAAAGGGGAGAAGCUGCUGCGCUGCAAGCUGGCGGCAUUUUACCGGCUGGCUGACCUCUUUGGGUGGGCUCAGCUCAUCUACAACCACAUCACAACCAGAGUGAGCUCCGAGCAGGAGCACUUCCUCAUUGUGCCUUUUGGGCUUCUCUACAGUGAAGUGACUGCGUCCAGCCUGAUCAAAGUCAACUUGCAAGGCGAUGUGGUGGACCGGGGCAGCACCAACCUCGGCGUCAACCAGGCUGGCUUCACGCUGCAUUCCGCCAUCUACGCUGCGCGGCCGGACGUGAAGUGCGUGGUGCACAUUCACACGCCCGCUGGGGCCGCGGUCUCGGCCAUGAGGUGCGGCCUCUUACCCCUGUCCCCAGAGGCCCUGUCCCUUGGAGAAGUGACUUACCACGACUAUCACGGCAUUCUGGUCGAUGAGGAAGAGAAAGUUUUAAUUCAGAAAAAUUUGGGCCCUAGAAGCAAGGUCCUCAUUCUCCGCAACCACGGGCUCGUGUCCGUCGGCGGGAGCGUGGAGGAGGCCUUCUACCACAUCCACAACCUCGUGGUUGCCUGCGAGAUCCAGGUCCGGACUCUGGCCAGCUCGGGAGGACCGGACAACUUGGUCCUGCUGGACCCUGAAAAGUACAAAGCGAAGGCCCGCUCCCCAGGCUCCCCAGUGGCGGGGGGCAGCGGCGCGCCUCCCAAGUGGCAGGUUGGCGAGCAAGAGUUUGAAGCCCUCAUGAGGAUGCUCGACAAUCUGGGUUACAGAACCGGCUACCCUUACCGCUACCCUGCUCUGAGAGAGAGGUGUAAAAAGUACAGCGACGUGGAGGUCCCUGCUAGCGUCACAGGUUACUCCUUUGCUAGUGACGGGGACUCGGGCGCUGGCUCCCCUCUCAGACACAGUUUUCAGAAGCAGCAGCGAGAGAAGACAAGAUGGCUGAACUCUGGCCGGGGUGACGAUGCUUCAGAGGAAGGGCAGAAUGGAAGCAGUCCCAAGGCGAAGACUAAGGUGUGGACGAACAUUACACACGAUCACGUGAAACCCUUGCUGCAGUCUCUCUCGUCCGGUGUCUGCGUGCCAAGCUGUAUUACCAACUGCUUGUGGACUAAAGAGGAGGGACAUAGAACUUCCACCUCUGCUGUCCCUAACCUGUUUGUUCCAUUGAACACUAACCCCAAAGAGGUCCAGGAGAUGAGGAACAAGAUCCGGGAGCAGAACUUACAGGACAUCAAGACGGCGGGCCCCCAGUCGCAGGUUCUGUGCGGCGUCGUGAUGGACAGGAGCCUCGUCCAGGAUGCGCCCCUCUCUGACUGUACGGAGACAAUCGAAGGGCUCGAGCUCACAGGGCAGACCUUUAGCCCCGCUAGAUCUCUGUCUUGUAGAAAGGGGGAGCUGGUCACGGCCUCAAAGGCCAUCAUCGAGAAGGAGUACCAGCCCCACGUCAUCGUGAGCACCACAGGCCCCAAUCCCUUCAACACGCUCACCGACCGGGAGCUGGAGGAGUACCGUAGGGAGGUGGCGCGCAAGCAGAGGGGCCCUGAAGAGAACCCGGAUGAGCCUGAAGAACAGAAAGAAAAGAGCCCUCCAGAGCACCCGAUGGCCCCCCACACUCCCCCCAGCACCCCGGUGAAGCCUGAGGAAGACCUGCCGCCGGAGCCAACUUCGGGAGACGACAGCGACGCGGCCACCUUCAAGCCAACUCUCCCCGACCUGUCCCCUGACGAGCCCGUGGACGCAGCGGGCCUCCCGGCCUCGGAGCCGCAAGGGCCCACCCUGGUCGCCGGCCCCGAGCCGGCCCCAGCCCCGGCGGCGGAAGAGGCUGCCUCCCCCGCUGCCGAGGAGGGGGCCCCCGCGGACCCGGGCAGCGACGGGUCCCCCGGCAAGUCCCCGUCCAAGAAGAAGAAGAAGUUCCGCACCCCCUCCUUCCUGAAGAAGACCAAGAAGAGGAGCGACGCCUGAAGGCCCCCCGCCCCGUGUCUCGUCUGUCUCUCGCGCCAUGGAAUGCGACGCCCGCCCGCCCGCCACGUAGCUAGCGCUCCCCUCAGCGUGACCAGCCCUCGGAGACCGGUGCUACCCUCGUGCUCGCGCGGUCCCCACCCCCGCCCCCAGCCCACCGCCAGGAGACGCGCUUUCCCGGCCCCUCCGCGCCCGCUCUGUCCACUUCCCCGCCUCGGUCUUGCCGUCCCGGCGGGCAGGGUGGGCCCCCCCCAGGUCUCAGGGGGCUUCCCGCCGGCGUCCUCCGCUCGGUGACUCUGCUCCUGUACAAACCCUCAGUCCUGUGAGAACUCAAGUGCCCGCCGCCCGCCUGGGGCCCCGUGGGCCCCGACAAGGUGGGAACCCCAGCAGCAAGCGCCCCUGUGCACCCCCAGCUCAACCUAUGCAUGGUCUCGCCAGCCACCCGCCAGAACCAGGCUCAGGGCCGUGUCUCACCCCCUGGGCCCCCAGACUUCAGUGGGGCCCGUCAGGAGGGGACGAGACCUUCCUGCAGCUGCUCAGCAGGCCGGCGGUCCGCCCCGCCUGUGACGGCGACCACGCGCAGGCCCAGGCCGCUCUUCGCUUUGGUUUUCUCCCUAGGGCCCGCUGUGGUCGCAGCAGGGCGUUCUUCUCCUGACUGAGGAAGGUUGUCUUCUCGGCCUUGAUGCCGCCGGGAAGACUCUGGUUUUCAUCAAACGUAGCUCAAGGCAGAGUCAGUCGGUCCCGACAGUCCCCGCGGCCCCUGCCUGGCACCCGCCGUCCCAGGCGCCCCCAGCCCGGUUCGAGGCUUAGUUUAUUUCCCUGGAUGCUUCCCGGGGAUGGAGCCGCCCCAGGAGCCCCUCCAGACAGGCCUGGGAGGGGCAGGGCCAGUGCCAGACCCGGCGUCCCACCAGCCCGGCCCAGGCAGGACCCGAGGCUGGCGCGUGGCCACUGCCCUCGAGCUCCAGGCCCAAGGCUGCGGGCGUGGUCCCCUGGCCAGGCGCCGGCGCCUCCUGCAGCCCCGCCGCCUCCCACCCGCGCAGCUCCUUGAUUUCACUUUUGUAGUUUAUUUUAACUCUUUGUAUCACCACAUGAAGUGUAGCCACACGCACGGGCGCGGGUUGGGAGGACGGGCCGCGUCCUUCACCGUAAUGUGUUUUACUCACAAAUAAAACCUUGAAGCCGUUUCCUCGCCUGAA